AUGGCAGUCUCCCUCGGUGACUGGCAAGCGGCCUACGACAAGGCCACCAAAUUCGUCUCCAAGCUCAACACAACCCAGAAGCUGGAGCUCAUCACCGGUAGCAGCGUCAACACCACCGAUGGCGACUCUUUCACGGCCUUGGAAUUCCUUGAUGGAUCCAUGGGCAUGCAGGACUACUUCUAUGUCUCAGCGUUCAGUCAGACAUCCGCUCUGGGUAUGACUUGGGACAAGGACGCCAUGUACUCUCAGGCUCAGGCUGUCGCGACUGAGGCGUACCUCAAGGGUAUUCAGGUGAUUGCUGGGCCUACCUCUCAGCCCUUGGGCAGGACUCCAUGGGGCGGUCGUUUGGUGGAGACCUUUGGUUCGGAUCCCUAUCUGAAUGGUAUUGCGACUGGAUUGAGUACCAAGGCUUACUCUGACACCGGUGUCAUUGCUGGUGCUAAGCACUUCAUUCUUAAUGAGCAAGAGACCAACCGAACCAGCUCUGGCGGCGCUGGAGGCGGUGGAGGAGGAGGAGGUGGUGGUGGUGGCAUGGGAAGCCCUCCUGGCUCUUCUUCGUCCUCCAACUCUUCCAGCACGGGUAGUAUGAGCUCUGCAGCAGCUCCAUCCUCGUCUUCCUCGAGCUCACUUGGUGGUAUGGGUGGAAGCAACGGUGGGAGCAGCCAGUCCUCCUCUUCUUCUAGUGCUCCUUACUCCUCAAAUGUUGACUCGAAGACUCUCCACGAGACUUAUCUGUGGUCCUUCUAUGAUGCAGUGCAUUCUGGACUUGGUGGUAUGAUGUGUGCCAUGACCAAAGUCAACAAGACUUACUCAUGCGAGUCAUCACCUCUUCUCCUGGACAUUCUCAAGACCGAGAUGGGCUACCCCGGUCUGGUCUGGCCCGAUACCAACGGCCAACAGGAUGCUCUGGCCAGUGCCACCAACGGCCUGGACUAUGGUUCUUCUAGCUUGUGGAGCACCUCCACCAUGGAAGGCUAUCUCAAGAGCCACAACCUCACCGAAGCCCGCCUGAACGACAUGGCUGUCCGCAACCUAAUGGGUUACUACAAGGUCAACCUGGAUAACGGCACCCAACCUUCGUAUGUCGACACAGGCGCCUACGUUGAUGUCCGCGGCAACCACGCCAAGCUGAUUCGUUCCAACGGCGCCAAGUCCAUGGUCCUCCUCAAGAACGAGAACAACACGCUACCUCUGAGCAAGCCUCACAAGAUGGCCAUCUUUGGAUCUAAUGCUCGGGCUGCCAUCGCUGGCCCAAACAUGGAAUUCAGCGUUCAAGGCUCUGGUCCCACCUACGAUGGUCAUCUGGCUACCGAUUCUGGCUCUGGACAGGCCUCUCUCCCCUACCUUAUAACCCCCGAGAUGGCUUUGACCAUGAAGGCAAGCCAGGAUGGUACCAUGCUGCGCUGGGUUGCGAAUGACACUUACUCUGCCUCCAGCAGCUCUGGCCUGGUUGUGAAGGGAUCGGACACAACCUCCCUCUCACCUUCGAUUGAAAACUACGCCCAAGACAUGGAUGUCUGCCUUGUGUUCAUCAAUGCCCUUGCUGGCGAGGGUGCUGACCGCACUGAGCUGUACAAUUCCGACCAAGACGCCCUGAUCAACUCGGUCGCUGACAACUGUGACAACACCGUGGUCGUGAUCAACACCGUCGGUGCCAGACUCGUCGACAACUGGAUUGAGCAUGACAACGUCACCGCCGUUCUCUACGGCAGUCUCCUCGGCCAGGAGUCCGGAAACUCGAUCGUGGAUGUCCUCUACGGCAAUGUCAACCCCAGCGGACGCCUUAUUUACACCAUCGCCAAGAACGAGUCCGACUACAACGUCGAUAUUUGCUACACCGCACAGUGCAACUUUACCGAGGGCAAUUUCAUCGACUACCGCUAUUUCGACGCCUACAAUGUCACACCUCGCUACGAGUUCGGUUACGGCCUGUCCUACACUCAAUUCUCCUACUCGAAUCUGAAGAUCGACGGUCCCUCUGCUCUGUCUCUGUACCCCACCGGCAAACUUGCUGUUGGCGGCUACGAGGACCUCUGGGAUAACGUAGCCAAGGCCAGCGUAACUGUUCGCAACACCGGCUCAGUUGACGGCGCCGAGGUGCCCCAGCUCUACAUCUCUUACCCCAAGUCUGCGCGCCAGCCUCUGCGCCAGCUUCGUGGCUUUGAGAAAGUUGAGAUCAAGAAGGGUGGACAGUCUGAUGUGAGUUUCCAGAUCCGUCGUCGUGAUAUCUCCUACUGGGAUGUCAAGGCUCAGAAGUGGGCUGUUGCCCCUGGCACCUACCACGUAUAUGUUGGAGCUAGUUCGAGGGAUCUGAGACAGCGUGGCAGUUUCACCGUUCAGACUAAGGCUUAG